GAGCGCAACAGGCAGCAGCAGAUUAGCACAGGUUUGCAUCACCCGGGCCGGGACCGGAGCCGGCGCUGGCGCCGGGAGACACUCGCCGCGGAAGCGCCGGGGGCUCCACACGUGUCUGGCUGCCGGGGGCCGGGGUCCCGAGCUCGGUCGCUUCGCAGCGGGGUCCCGGCCACGUGGGAGUGCCCCGGCGACUCUGGACCUUGCCGCACGCCCCGGGCAAGAUGCGAGCCACCCCUCUGGCAACUCCUGCGGGCGCCCUUUCCAGGAGAAAGCGGUUGGAGUUGGACAAUGACCUAGACACAGAGUGUCCCACCCGCAAACAAGCUCGAAGGGGGCCCCAGCCCCAGCUGCCUCCCUGCCUGCUGCCUCUGAGCCCACCCCCUGCUCCAGCCCGGGCUCUCGCUGUGACCACUGCCUCCCGGCUUGGGCCCUAUGUCCUCCUGGAGCCCGAGGAAGGCGGCCGGGCCUACCGUGCCCUGCACUGCCCCACUGGCACUGAGUACACCUGCAAGGUGUACCCGGUCCGCGAGGCCACGGCGGUGCUGGAGCCCUACUGGCGGCUGCCUCCGCGAGGACACGUGGCCCGGCCCACCGACGUCCUGGCAGGGCCCGGCCACUUGUACACCUUCUUCCGGCGGUCCCACGGGGACAUGCACAGCCUGGUGCGCCGCCGCCACCGCCUCCCGGAGCCCGAAGCCGCCGCGCUCUUCCGCCAGAUGGCCGCCGCCCUGGCUCACUGUCACCAGCACGGGCUGGUCCUGCGCGAUCUCAAGCUGCGGCGCUUUGUCUUCACCGACCACGAGAGGACAAAGCUGGUGCUGGAGAACCUGGAGGACGCCUGUGUGCUGACCGGACCCGACGACUCCCUAUGGGACAAGCAUGCAUGUCCAGCCUAUGUGGGACCGGAGAUCCUCAGCUCCAGGGCCUGCUACUCGGGCAAGGCCGCCGACGUGUGGAGCCUGGGCGUGGCGCUCUUCACCAUGCUGGCUGGCCACUACCCCUUCCAGGACUCAGAGCCUGUCCUGCUCUUUGGCAAGAUCCGCCGCGGUGCCUUUGCCCUGCCGCAGGGCCUCUCGGCCGCUGCCCGCUGCCUGGUCCGCUGCCUCCUUCGACGGGAGCCGGCGGAGCGGCUCACAGCCACGGGCAUCCUGCUGCACCCCUGGCUGCGGGAGAACCCGAUCCCCUCAGCUCCGUCCCGAUCCCGCCUCUGGGAGGCUGACCAGGUGGUCCCCGAAGGGCCGGGGUUGGAGGAGGCUGAGGAAGAGGAGGGAGGAGGAGCAGUGGGUCUGUAUGGCUAGGUAGCCUUAGACUCUCAGCCGCAAACAGUGGACCGAGUUUGGAGUGUCUCCAAGCUCUCUCCUGCCUUUUUUGCACUGAGCCAAACCUUAGUGCCUUCUACAAGAGAGAAGGGAAGAGGCGUGUGUGGAUUGUGCUGUCCGCACACCUGUGUGGUUCCUCAUACCUGCACACACAGGCCCGUGCAUUUAACACAUCCUUCUUGGGGGUUCACUGUGUACCAAACCCUGUUCUGGGUGAUGGGAACACAGCAGUGAAGGAAAGGCAAACUCUUGCUCCCAGAGCUCCCCACACUUCUCCACGCCCACAGGUCAGUGUCCACACGAGGCCCUCUCACAUACAGGUAUCCGCACCCACUUGAGCUGGUGUCUGGGCCCUUCUGACCUGGGACAGUCCCUCUCACAAAUUGCUGUGCCAAAGGCUCCAGGCCUCUCCCUCACAACUCAGGACUCCAGACCCCAAGCCGUGGUGGGAUCUGUGCUCCCAGCAGCUCUGCCUUCUCCAUCCAGCCCUGAGCCCAGGAUUCGGGCUGGAGGCUCACUAGUUCAAACUGUGAGGCUGGUCCUCAUCUAACUCAAGGAGUGCUUUGGAAUGAGGGUCCAUAUCUGCCCACCUCUGGCCGAGCACCAGAGUUUGGGGUCAGAGGAGGCAGGAUCUUCCUCCUGGCAAGUCUCAAGCCCUAUUCUGGGUUUUGGAUCAACACUAUGGGUUUUGGAUGCCAUAAGAAUAUAUUUUUACCUUUUGCCUAAUAAAGGAGUUAUGAGAUAUGUUAAUGUCUGCUGGACAUUUGUUUGAGCCUCUCCUCCCCAUCUCUGACCAGUUUUCCUUGUGGUGUGUGAGCUCAGAUUUCCUGCAGCCCAGCGGGAUUUGUGCACGCCCUCUGUUCCUUCUGGAGGCACUGGUGUCUCUGUUAGGGUACUUUUUGGCUGCAAGUAACUGAAACUCUGGGCCAGAGUGGAAAGAAGGAAAUUUCACACAAAGCAAGAAAUCAAGAGGGGCUGGCUGAUUCAGCUCUCAGAGCUGUCAGCAAGGACUGGCUCCCUGGGCUCAUUCUCUCUCUGCUGUUGUCCCUGGUGACUACGGACACAGUAGCCACAGCUGUCCCACGACCAGAAAAAGCCAGGGGCAGGGUGAAUUUGUAGCCCCCAGAGGACUCAGUCUUCUGGAGUCAGACUGCCACUCACUGGCUGACCCUCAAGUGUCUUAACUGCUCUGCUCAGCUUACCCUCUAUACAAUGAGGGCAACAGUGCCCACCAACUCACAAGAGCUGAAUGAAUUAUUUCCUGGAAAGCACUUAAACCCUCAAUAAAGGUUAACUGUUACUAUCACCCAUAGAACUCUUUCUU